AUGCAGCAAGAGGAAGCCACUCAUUCCACUGUUUCACACCAACCGAAGCAAGAAAAUGAAGACCAAGACGAAAUAGUCGAAGAAGCCUCCGCCUCCGCCCCCCUCCGCUCCCUCUCCCUCUCCCUCUUCCGCCGCCUCCAAACCUCCCCCCUCCGCCCCGACAGCUUCACCUACCCCUUCCUCCUCAAAACCUGCGCCACCCCCUCCACCCUCCCCCUCGCUCAGACCCUCCACUCCCUCACCCUCAAAACCGCUCUCCUCUCCCACCGCGUCGUCGCCAACGCUCUCCUCAAGUCCUACGCCGAUUGCGCCUCUCUCGCCUCCGCGCGCAAUGUGUUCGACGAAAUGCCUCUUAGAGAUGUCGUCUCCUGGAGCUCCAUGCUUGCCGCCUACGUUUCCCACAACUCCCCCGCGCAUGCUUUUUCCGUGUUCCGACAAAUGGGUAGCGAAAACCAAAAACCUAACUUUGUCACGUUGGUGACUUUGCUCUCAUGUUGUACUAAAACCCUCCACCUCACUGCCGGUGAGUCUGCUCAUUCUUACAUUGUAAGGAACAAUGUAGACAUGGACGUUGCAUUGGGGACUGCUUUGUUUGAGAUGUACGCCAAGUGUGGGAAAAUCGACAAGGCCAUUUUGGUUUUCAAUUCAAUGGCUGAGAAGAAUUUGAAGUCCUACACUAUCAUGAUCUCGGCUCUAGCGGAUCACGGCCGAGGGGAGGAUGUUGUCUCUUUGUUUUCCCAGAUGGAGGAUGCGGGGUUGGAACCUGAUGGGUUGUCUUUUUCUGUGAUACUCUCGGCGUGCAGCCACAUGGGGCUUGUUGAUGAGGGAAGAAUGUAUUUUGAUCGGAUGGUGAGAGUGUAUGGUAUAAAGCCGAGCGUUGAGCAUUAUGGGUGCAUGGUUGAUUUGUUAGGGAGAGGUGGCUUGAUUCAAGAGGCUUAUUAUAUCAUCAAGGGCAUGCCCGUGGAGCCCAAUGGUGUUAUAUUGAGGAGUUUUCUGGGGGCUUGUAGAAAUCACGGGUGGGUACCUAGUUUGGAUGGUGAUUUUCUGGCUAAACUGGAGUCUGGGUUGGGGGCUAACUAUGUGCUCACUGCUAAUGUUUUCUCCACCUGUGCUUCCUGGAAGGAUGCCAGUGACUUGAGAGUGGCCAUGAAACAGAAAGGUUUGAAGAAAACUCCUGGGUGUAGUUGGGUGGAGGUUCAAAAUUGA